CCCUGCUCCUUCUUUAUUCAAUGAGUUGGGACGAGAUAGGUUAUGUCAAAUUGUAUCCUCCGAUGUGCGAGCGUACGACGCACGAGCGCGGCUGAAUUGCGUAUUCGUAUGUUCCUGCCGACCACCCGCGAGGUGUAUCGUCCUGUCGCGAGUCCUUUUUCUUUUCUUCAAGUCUCGAGACGCCUUCGUUUCCCGAAACGGCGGGAGCGCAAGUGGAUCUGGAGAAAGCCGUCGAUCGAAACGUCGAUUGUCUCGCGAGAGUGUCGGGUGUGUGUGUGUGUGUUUUUUUUUCCUUGUUUUACUUGACACACAUCGAGGUGACUGUCGAAAGACCCCCGACGUCUUAUGGAAGCUCGCCCGACCGCCGAGAUUUGGAUGUACCUCGUCGGCGCUCGCAGGAAGAAAGAAACGAAUGUCGUUGGGCCGCACACGUGCAUAUCUCGCCGAGUGAAGUACUUCAAGGAAGUAACGAGGCGAAAUAUAUUUUGGAAAUCAAUGCGAUUCGCGUAAAUGGGAACAAUAUUAUUUUAGGGCACAAAAUAUGAUUUGGAACGCUUCAAAUUCUGAGAAUAAAUAUAAUUCGCAGCUGAUCUCGGAAUAAUAUCAUUAAUUUGCCAUGUAUGUCGACGCCGAUUACCCAUGAGAUUAGAGUGCGCGAUCUAAUUUUGCUAUCAAGUCGAUAUUGCGCAACGUAUCUGAUGAACACAGGCGCUUCCUCGAAACGUUCGCCGAUUGGUGAAAAUAGAGUGACAUAGAAGUGGCGCGGUCAUAAUAUAGGAGCGCGUCAAAUUUUCAGACUGUAUUCCACGAAGUAGACGUCACCGCUGUGCAGUGCCGUCGUUAUCGUCUGCCGUACCGAUCCUUGCCAAAAAUGUUUUUCUACGAACUCCUAUUUCGAUACACAGAGCCGAGGUCUACCAACGGUGUAGAACUCGUGCAUUAUGUCGAACGACUGAAGAUACAUUUUCAUUUACCGGUCAAUUCACCAGAGUGCUAUGUUGAUUGCGGCGAUUCAGUUGCGAGUACACAUACAUGAUGCUGAGAAUGGUAUGUCCAAAAUGCCAUCAUCGCUUUCCAGUAUUGGGAUGCUGUUUAAAGUGGAGCGAUGAAACUAGCCAAAAGAAGAUAGAAGAGGAGGAGGAGGCGAAAAGGAAAGAUGAAGAAGACGAAGGAAGGGAGGAGGAAGAGGAGGAGGAGGAGGAGGAACAAGAGGAAGAGGAGGAAGUAGUGGAUGACGAGGAAGAGGAGGAUGUACAGCGGGAGGAAGAGAAGGAAGAGAAAAGGGAAAAGCAGAAGAAGGCUGCUAAUACCAUCUGUUCAGCGACAACCUAUUAUGUUAGUAGUCUGCCAGUGUCGCGUGGCUACACCAGUGGCAGCAGUUGCUUCAUAAAGCCAUCCACAAAUAUUCACGAGCGUACCAUUUUCCAGUCAUGCGCGGUCGACUACGGCCCCGAUGUAGAAAUUGCCGGUCCCGAUACGAUGGAACUCUUUUGUGACAUACAGACCUCGUCCGUGAAACAAGCCCACCGUCCGCUAUUAAGAGCGCCAGUAUAUCAAUCGAACGACCGGGAUCCCUUCAUUGUGGUAACGGAGAAUCUUAACUAUGAUAUGGCACCUGCGGAACAAUAUGUCGCGGCUACGUGCGAACUGACUGGCGGCAACGUCACGGUCGCCACGCCCGAUAUACAAUCGGGCGGUUGCCUUAUGGAAAAUACGGAAGCGGAUAUUCUGGUGCAAGCCUCGCAGAUCAAAAUUCAGCCGAAGCUUACCGGCGGCGGCUGCCUGGUGCAGAAGAAAUCGUCCGCUGAAAACGCGCGGUCGACGACAUCCAGGCACACGAGAAACUUCGCGGUCGUCAAUAAUAAGGCGUUUCCUGGGAACAUAAGGCUGUCGUCUAGGAUGAUAAGGGACGGUGAGAAUAACGAAAUAGCGAGCGUUGGCUCGCGGCAGCAAAAGGUACCGAUGAACAAAACGAGCGACCGCUGCGAUUGCAAAAGUACGUUUCAGCAGAACCGCUGUCAGAAUCACAGGCGGCUGCUCGACGCGUCACUCGCGGACAAUCGUGACGCGUUGCCGAUGGAUCCUAUCGGCAAUAGCGUGCAAUUCCAAGUGAACGCCACUGUGCAGCUGCCCGCGAACCUGGGUCAGUGCACGGUGAACAUUACGGCGACAACGACGACGCCGCCGAAGCAGGGCAUGGCGAUGAAGUUGCCGGAUCGUGGUAGAAAUAACUUUCACGGUGGUGGCAUCGUGCAACCGAACGAAUUAGAUUGCGCGACGGUGAAUCAAAUUGUUGCGAUCGGCAACAGCAAGGAUUGCAGUAGCGUCGAGCAAACAGAGGACGCGUCGACCAUCCCGGGGUCCUGGCUGAUGCCGACUUCUUGGAGCCUGGAUUCAAAUGACAAUAGACUGCGCGAGGUGAAAAGAAUGCUGCAGAUUUGUGGCUGGUACCACGAGGGCAUCAGUUGGCAGCAGAGCGAGAACCUUCUGAAGGACGCGUCCAUCGGUCGGUGGCUGAUGAGAGACAGCUCGGACAUCAGGUACACCUUCACGGUAUCGGUGAAAACGUCCCGAGGCCCCGCUUCCAUCAGGGUGCACUACUUCCUCGAGCAAUUUCGGUUAGACGCCGAGCCGAAAUUGGCGCUGGCGAUGCCGUUCUUCGAUUGCCCUAUCAAAAUGCUGGAGCACUACGUCGAGUAUUCCAAGAGAAUGGACGAGCAUCGUAGGGAAGUGUGGGUCGACUACAGUGGACAGCUGUACAGCCAGAUCUAUUUGACCAAGCCUCUUGUUAAGGAAGUUAGAUCACUGUCGCAUCUGGCCAGACUCGCUGUGAAUCGAAGCAAGUUGCCUACCGAACAUUUACCACUCCUGAUUAAAAAUUAUAUCGAGGAAUAUCCGUAUACGCUUUGACUGUGUAAUCACAUCUCACGGUGCGUUUAUCUUCCGAUAUAAAUAUAUAUAUACACAUUACAUGUAUGUACAUAUACAUGUAUGUAUGCAUAUAUGUAUGCAUGUGUAUAUACGUAUAUGCAAAAAUUUAUUUUUAUAUACUGUAGUACGGAUUUCUCCGGUGGCUUAUUUUUCGAUAAUAAACCGAUUAUGCCUUCAAUUGUACUAAUUACAGACAUUGCGCAAAAAGGAAUUGUGAUUUGUGUAUGUAAUUGUACAAAGAAAUGUACACACGAAUCUAUGCGCGCGCGCGCGCAUAUGUGUGUGUGUGUGUGUGUAAUAAUGUGUACAUAUGCGUGUAUAAUAAAAAUAAAUCUUAUAACAAUAGAAUUUAUUUAUGUCUAUCUGUAUAGUAAAUAAAUUCUAUUGGAAUCAUUACUUAUAUUAUUAUCACGCAUAUUUAGUUUAAAUAAUUUAAAUAUAAUAAAAUUUAAAAUUUCACUAAUGUUUUAUUCUUUGAGAUGAAAUAUUUGGUGCAUAAUGAGCCAUGAAAUAUGCCUAUUUAUAUUUGUGCAAUACGUUGCAAUACUGUACGUUUACGUAAAUAUUUUAAAUAUGAACUGAUCUCGCUGUUAUAAAAAUAUAAAUUGAGCGAUUCUUUUUUUUUAAAUUUUGAUUUCUUUACCGUUAUGCGCAAAAAGAUUGAACCAUCAUAUUUGUAUUCCAAAACGUUACAUUUGUAUUACAAAAUUUGCACCAAAUGUGUAACAAAUAUAUAAUUGAUUAAAAACACAUUCAAUUCUUUAUGGUAGGCA